AUGAAGGAGCGAAACCCGAACGCCGAAGUGACUCACGUGAAGCUUGACGUGUCGAGUCUUCACGACGUUCGAAAGUUUACAGACGCGCACAAGGAGGCAGCGUUCGACUGGAUCAUCAUGUCCCCAGGUAUUCUGUCGCUGAAAGGACGAACGGGAACACCCGAGGGGCUCGACGUCAAGAUGGCCACGCAUUAUUACGGGCGGUUCAUGAUCAUCUACGACUUGCUGUCGACGCUCGAUCGUCCAGGCGUGCGUGUGCUCAAUAUCUUGGCACCAACGACCGGCGGGCAGCCCGAUGUGAGCGACUUGGAUCUCAAGAAGACGUUCUCAAUUAAGCGCUGCGCUGAUUUCACGACUACGUAUUCGGAUCUCAUGGCCCAAGCCUUCUCAGAGAAGGCACCACAAGCCAGCUUCAUGCACGCGUCUCCCGGUGCCGUCGCAACUUCAAUUGCCGACAACUUGCCCUGGUACGCACGCCUUCCAGCAAAGGCUCUGGGGGAAGUGAUCGCUCGAUCGCCGGAGGAGUGCGCGAAGUUCAUGGUGAUGGCGCUAACCAAAGAUGAGUUCAGCUCGGGCUGGCACCUGGUCAACAGGAACGCGGGGCCUCUCGAGCCGACCAAGUUCCAGACGGAGGAGAUGAAGGAGAUCGUGUGGAAACACUCAGUCGAUACCAUCAAGACAGUGCUGGAGCAAGAAGCUUAG